AUGAAGGAUAUUCGUAAAAAUGUGUUUCUGAAGGAGGUUAGGUUGAUGCUCUAUGCUUUUGGAGACGUGAGUGUGCCACGAGUUGACACCAGUCUGACUGUACACGGCUACCUUUGUGACUAUCUGAACACGUUACUGACUAAGACACACAAUAUGGCCAAGAUAAAGGGAAAGACAAAGACGGAGGACCUGCUCUUCUUUCUGAGACGAGAUAGAACCAAAUACACGCGUGUAAAGAACCUGUUGCUGACGAAUGAGGAGCUGAUCCAUGCAAGAAAGAUAUUUGAGCCAAAAGACUACGAAAAGGAAGAUGAAUAG